AUGGUGAUUUUAUCGGCGAGCUUCACCGUGAGAGCUGCGUUGGAUACACAACCUAGGCUUCCGUACAACCCUAAUGCGCCUCGGAAAGUGAAGAAAAACCCUAACAGCAAUUCUUUCUUUCCGCCGCCGUUAAACCCACCGUCUCCGGGAAUCAGCAUCUCCGUCGCCGAUUUGCUCAAACGACCUGCAAGUAAAGACAAAACUGAAAAUGAGUUUGAUGAUAGUUAUAUGGGAUAUGAGAGAUGGUCUCCAAGUCCACCAAAGUUGGAGAGACCAAGAUCAGUCUUCAAUGCUGCUUCAUUAGCUUUUAUAGGCGAUUCCAUUUAUGAGCUAUAUGCUCGUAGACAUUUUCUUUUCCCUCCACUUAGUAUCGAAGACUAUAACGAUCGUGUUAGAGCUGUGGUGCGCUGUGAAGCACAGUAUGCAUUGCUGAAGAAACUCGUUGAUGAUGAUUUCCUAACAAAGCAAGAGAGGGAUGUACUCAAGUGGGGAAAGAAUAUUGGUUCGGUGAGGACACGUUCAAGAAGGCGUGCAGGUACUGCUGUUUAUAACAAGGCAUCAUCAUUGGAGACACUAAUUGGUUAUCUGUAUCUAACAAACGGGAAAAGAUUAGAGAAAAUAAUGCAGAAGCUAGGAUUCUCAAGCGAUUCUUCGAUUGAGAUAGUAAUUGAAGAAGCCAAACCUAAACCAUCAGAAUCCAUCCUGCCAAACUUUAUACUCA